AGUGAAGCUUUAUGCGCAUAUUUCCAUGAGAGGCUAAAAAUGUUAAAUAGAAGAAGUUAAGGAAAUUGAAUUCUUUUUUUUUUUCUUUUUCUUUUUUUCUUUUUCUUUUUUUCCUUUUUUCCUUUUUUUCUUUUUUUCUUUUUCUUUUUCGUGAAGGUAACUCCUAUGCUUAAAAGGCUGGUUCUACCAAAGAAAGAAGUGCAGUCACUGGUAUAAAAGGAGGAAGAACUUAGAUCAUCAGGCACACGGUGUUGCUGGUGCAAUAGAUCCAGAAGGAACUGAGAUGUCUUCACCAAAUGAUGUCAGUAUGGAAGAAAUAUUGCUGGAAGACAAUGAGCAAGACACUAUAGAAUACAGGAUCCUCAUGGCCUAUGCCCAACGGAAGUUGCCAGCCAGCAGAUACAAGAAACUCCUGAAAAAUGAGGCAAAUGUGCAGAAAGCAUCAUCCUUAAUCAGGAGUGAAGGGGAGCUCCAACAUCAAAGAGAUAAAAGUGGGCCAAACCAAGCAUCAGAAUUGCAGCAUGGUGCAAAGAAACAGAAAAGGAAAAAGCAACCCAAACAAAAAUUCUUAUCAAGAUACUGCCUGCCCUUUUUCUGCAGUGGAGCAGAGCAGCAAAGUCCCACAAAAACAUGUGCACCCAAUAGUCAAAUGGAAGAUUUCUCCACUUCUGAUACCUGCACUGGGAGCCAACAAAAAAGGAGUUUUCAGGAGCAAAGCGAAAAAGCAGAUGUCAACCAUAUUGUAGACAAACUCUCCGAGCUUGUAACUACCAGGCCUCAGCCAUCUCCUUCAAAUGUGACAUUCAAGAUGCUGGUGCAUACCCAGGCUCUGGAAAAAGAUAGUGGAGAUACUGCUGAUGAAAAUGAGGGUGAAGGAAAUGAUGAAGAAAAGACAAUACAAACAAUAGUUGCACUGUUAAGAAAAUCAGGGGAUCAGCUAGAAGAAAGGUUCAAAAAGGACAGGAGUUUCUAUCAGCGUUUUGAAGAUAUGCUGUCCUAUGCCUUCUUCGAGAGACUCACCGAUUUAUUCCUGGAGAAUGUCUCAGCAGAUUCCACAACCGAGACAGAAGAUCAGUUACAAUGCACCAAAGUUGCCUUUGCACUGGAAGUCACCACCAGACUUACUGCUGUGGACAACCAUCCUAUGAACCUGGUCAUGGGCUUUGGAUUAAAGUACCUCCAAGAACACUUAAGUCCCUGGAUUCGUGAUCGUGGGGGCUGGGACAAGGCUUUGAGUUCACUGGAUCAAGAAGAAGUAGAAUAAUUGUGACUGAGUUCAUUCUUCAGGGUGCCUGAGCCUACAGUUAAGGAACACACAGAAUUUGAUACCACUGGCUACAUAUUUUUAUUUUUCACAUGGAAUGUCUGACUGUUGCAUUUCUAAGUCUGAUGGGUACAAUAGCACUUUCUCAAAGUAGGUAUUGAUGUACUUUCUAGUGGAUCUGAACUCACUUCCAACAUCCCUGGAGCAUUCAGCCUCACGGACAGUGAUUUCAGUUAGAUUUCUGGGUACAGUUGCUUGCAACUACUCUUACAGGUGGAUGUUAAAAUGCACAUGGGAGGAAAAGAAGGGUAAGCCAUCAGUUACCAGUCCCGCAGUGCCUUGUUAGUAGGUGUACCCACAUACUACUGUCAGUCUUGCCUCUCUCUCCCUUUCCCUGCUUAGUUUCUCCAAAGUAUUCAUGCCAUCUUAUAAUUCUGACAGGGACUAAGUUAAUGGAAGCUAUUUGCUCCAGUGCCUUCCACCUUCCCCCAAGAUAAUAGACUUGAUCUACCUUAAGGUAUUUUAAUUUGAGUUCUUCUGUUAUAAAUCUCUUCAAAGCAUAUUGCAAUAGAUGCUGGCUUUUACAUUGCUAUUUUUUUCCACUGAAGUGGAAAAUACAAGCAUGGUGAGAGAUUUUUUAUCCAAGAAAUUUAAAACUUAAUCCUAGUGUGUGUUUCUCAUUAUAGAAAAGAAGCUCGAUGCUGUUUAAUCUCAGGGAUUUCUCAGUAAACAGAACUGUACUUUCACUCAUUGAAGAUGAACGAACUCAUUAGAGUUCCUGAAGCUGUAGGUGUGGCAGAGGAAGGAAUAACAGCUCGUCAUUUAAAGCAGAGAUGCGUUCCAGUUAAGCUAUUCAUUAUUUUAAGUCUUGCCUUGUGACACAUUUAGUCAUGACUUUUGGAUUUCCAUCCCCUGAAAAUCCUCAGUGGAUGGAGAGGGAACUUGGAACAACUCCUGAAGCUGUACCAUCGUGGUGUUGCUCCUGUGAUUUUCUAGUACAAAGAGUUGUUUUUUCUGAAAAUGCUCUCUGCCCCUCAGUAAGAUGCUCUCCUAUUACAGGUACUCAUUCUGACUGUACAAGUAUGUUAUCUGUUGAAAUUGCAUGAGGAACUUACUAACAAAUUAUGAAUUUGAAUGAAAGUGAUAAAAAGCAUUUUAACUGGGUGUGUAAAAUAUGCAAUACCAUAAAAGAUGAAGUAUUUUUCUAAUAAACCUUAAAUUUUCAACUU